UUUUUCUCACACAAUGGUUUUCACAGUGUAUUACACCAUUUUUACGGAUCAGAUUUCGAAAUAAGGUGAUCCGUUGGCUGGAAAUGCGCGGAUGCAUUCUAACCUCGCAAGCGACUGGUUGUAGGUGAUCGAUUCUGAAAAAGAAUAGAAUCGAACGGCUGAGCGGGAGUCGCGACCAGCGCACCAUCAAAAGCAAUUGACGCGGAGGUUAAAAGCGUAAUUUCGCACCAGAUUUGAAUCGGUUGAAGAAGACGGCUAUCGUCAAGUUCCCGGAGAAAGCGAAAUUCGCGGUAAACACGUCGUCCCACGACCUUCUCGACUCACCCCAAAAUACCCUCUGCACAUCUCUUCCCCCGUUUUCCUAUUUUCCUAUUCCUUCCUUCCACCGCUCAUAUCAAAGAAAGAAAACAAAACAAAAGCACAAAUCCCUAUCUCUCGAAGAAGCUCUUCAACGAAAGAGAAGAAAAAACCAUAAAUUCUACGCCUGGAUUGGGAGAACGAGAAUUAUUGAUUGAUUCGCAGAAGCUCAAAGUGGAAGAAUCAUGUUAGAUUCCGAUUCCAAUGGCGAGUACAAAACCUUCCGGCAAAUCAGUCGAGAUCGAUUAUUGCAUGAAAUGCUACAAUCGACCAAAGUGGGGGAUUGUAGAUCAACGUGGAAGGUACUCAUCAUGGAUAAAAUUACUGUCAAAGUAAUGUCUUCUUCUUGCAAGAUGGCAGAUAUCACGGACGAAGGAGUUUCAUUGGUGGAGGACCUGUACAAGCGACGGCAGCCACUACCCUCCAUGGAUGCUAUAUACUUCAUCCAUCCAUCAAAAGAAAAUGUUGUCUUUUUCAUAUCUGACAUGUCAGGAAGAUGUCCUCUGUACAAAAAGGCAUAUGUGUUCUUCAGUUCACCUAUUCCAAAGGAUUUUGUUUCUAUGAUCAAGAAUGAUACGAGUGUCUUACCACGUAUAGGUGCAUUGAGAGAGGUUAAGCUUAUCUCCUUUCUCAAAGUUUUUGUGGCACUGAAUGCUUCUAUUAACUAUUAUUGGACUGUAGAUGUUUUCAUCUCCAGUCUUUUGUUUGAAACCAUUAUCUGCUUGAUAGUGAUUUCUCCUUAUUUGUGUGAGAGAAUGCAGAUGAACUUGGAGUACUUUUCUAUUGACAGUCAGGGUUUUGUUACUGACAACGACACAGCAUUGGAGGAACUCUUUGGGGAAAAGGGGGAGAAUUCUCGCACGUAUGAUGCUUGUUUAAACAUGAUGGCCACACGCAUUGCUACAGUUUUUGCUUCCUUGAAGGAACUUCCAUCUGUGCGCUAUCGUGCUGCCAAAUCAUCUUUGGAAGAGUCCACAAUGACAACAUUUCGUGAUUUAGUUCCAACAAAGCUUGCUGCUGCUGUUUGGAAUUUUCUUACCAAGUACAAAUCUACUAUUCCUAAUUUUCCCCAGACAGAAACAUGCGAGUUACUCAUCUUGGACAGAACUGUAGAUCAGAUUGCUCCAGUGAUACAUGAAUGGACAUAUGAUGCCAUGUGCCAUGAUCUGCUAGAAAUGGAUGGAAAUAAAUACGUAUAUGAGUCAAGCAAAUCAGGAGGAGAACCUGAGAAAAAGGAGGUCAUUCUAGAGGAUCAUGAUCCUGUCUGGCUGGAGCUCCGCCAUGCACAUAUUGCAGAUGCAAGUGAAAGAUUACAUGACAAGAUGACCAACUUUGUAUCAAAGAACAAAGCUGCACAAAUCCACUCAAGAGAUGGCAGUGAACUGUCGACAAGAGAUCUUCAAAAGAUGGUACAAGCAUUGCCGCAGUACAGUGAUCAAAUGGAAAAGCUUUCCCUGCAUGUAGAGAUUGCUGGGAAGGUUAACAAAUUGAUCAGAGAUCUGGGGUUAAGAGAUCUUGGGCAACUGGAGCAGGAUCUUGUCUUUGGGGAUGCAGGGACAAAGGAAGUGAUCACUUUUCUGAGAACUAAGCAGGAUACAACUCCUGAAAAUAAAUUACGUUUGCUGAUGAUUUAUGCAGUCAUCUAUCCUGAGAAAUUUGAGGCAGACAAAGGCGCAAAGUUGAUGCAGUUAGCGAGAUUACCGCUUGCUGAUUUGGAUGCGAUAAAUAACAUGAGAUACUUGGUGGGAUCAGAUAAUAAAAAGGCCUCAGGAGGGGGUUUCUCUCUCAAGUUUGAUGUUCACAAGAAAAAAAAUGCAGCUAGAAAAGAGCGAAGUGAUGAGGAAGAAACUUGGCAAUUAUCACGGUUUUAUCCAGUGAUAGAGGAGCUGAUUACAAAGCUAAGCAAGGGAGAGCUUCCAAAGAAUGAAUAUCCUUGUAUGAACGACCCUAGUCCUACUAGCAAUGGAACUGCCCAGGGCCAGGGGGUUUCAGCACGCACCGGUCAAGUUCCACCAGCUCAUUCAAUGAGGUCAAGGAGGACUGCAACUUGGGCUAGACCACGUAACUCCGAUGAUGGGUCCUCAAGUGAUUCGGUUCUGAGGCAGGCAUCUAGUGAUUUUAAGAGAAUGGGUCAGCGUAUAUUCAUAUUUAUUGUUGGUGGAGCAACUCGUUCUGAGCUACGCGUUGUUCACAAGCUGACGAAAAAGCUCAGUCGAGAAAUCGUCCUUGGUUCAUCUAGUCUAGAUGAUCCACCACAAUUUAUCCAGAAAGUGAAGUCCCUGUCUGGUGAAGAGCUUUCUGUAGAUGAUAUUCACAUUUAACACACACUCCUGGGCAACAAUAGAGGUGUUCCUGUAUGGCAGGUUGGCCAUCCCUCAUUUGUAAUCAUAACUCUCUCUCUCUCUCUCUCUCUCUCUCUCUCUCUCUCUCUCUCUCUCUCUUCAAUACGGAUCUAGCCCCCUUGAUUGUUUUUGUUUUAAAUUUGCCAUCUAGUUGUAUAGUGGCAUGACAAGGUCCCCAGAAGCUGCCACUUUGGUAUCUGUAGCUUCUUUUUGAACUGGGUCCAUGAUCUCUUUCUUUUGUGCUGUUGUAAUUCAUUUACGAACAUUUCAUGACGUGUUAGUGUGAAUAUGUAAAUUCUAUAUGAUAAACAUUGAUUGAAAUAUGAAGCUUCUCAAAGGUUGGGCGGUAAAAUCCUCACUCUUUUCUUA